AUGGAUCCCCAAAACAAGAGAGUACUUAACUGGUUGAAUAACCAGUCUACAUCCAAUACAGAUACCAGGCAAGAAGAAGACCAGUCUCCACAGCCAUCGGAGCACAACGAACACGAUGAAGAUGCGUCUUCAGCAUGGGAGACUAUCUUGGACAGUGUCACCAGUAACAUGCCAUCGAAUCGAAACGAGGACCAUGACAAUGAGGAUGGACCUUCAGCGCGGGAGACAAUCUCGGACAGUGUUCCCAGCAACAUACCUACGGUGCACACCAGAUCCGUAUUAAUAGGAUACACCACACCAGCGUCCACAGUCUCAUCGCCUGGGGCGACAAGCAUCACGCCGGAAGCAAGCGUAGCUUCAGAAGGGGCGGCAAGCGUCACAUCAGAAGGGGUGAGCGGCACGCCCAUACCAUCCAGAGCCAGUGAUGGUGAAAGUCCGAGCGUCGCACCAGUUCCAGCGGCGCCAGCCACCUUCGCUCCCGCCCCGACUAUCCCAGCACCUACACCAGUCCAACCUGACCUGCUUGCUCAAAUGCAGAGUCAAAUGCAGCAAAUGCAGCAACUGCUGAGUCAAAUGCAACAAAUGCAGCUGGGUUACCAGACGCAGAUGCUGCUGCAGCAGCAGCAACAAGUAUUUGCUACAUCGCAACAGCAGCAGCCCCAACAGCAGGAAAACCAAGAAGAGGAGAAGGGAGCGGAGCGCAUACAAGGAGCUGAAGCCUCCGGUUAUUAA